AUGUGCACCAGUCCGGACCACUCCACAUUCAUUAUUAAUGGCUUCAAGAAUAAGUACUAUGUGGGAGAGGAACUCCAAGCCACCAUUGUUGCCAAGGACUUCACUGGUAGGCCAAAAAGCUAUGGAGGAGAUUUCUUCCAAGCAAAGGCUUUUUCAAACGAAUUAAAGGCUAGUGUGUUUGGAGAGGUACUAGACCAUCAGAAUGGCACCUACAUGGCCCGGUUUAUCUUGCCAUGGGCAGGCGAGGCGUUGGUGGCAGUCCGCCUGAUUCACUCCAGUGAGGCUGUGCAAGUCAUCAAGCGCCAACGGGACGCUCACAAUCACCGUGUCGACUUUGUGGGCCAUUUUGAGGGCAAGAACCUCCAGGGUGCUAAAGUCGAGGAGAAGGUGGCCUGUAACGUCAAAUGGGAAGGGGUAGCAAUGCCUGGAGAGGGCGACUGCUGCUGUGAGUACCCAGAUGUCCAUACAAGACUGACGUGGCUCUGCCGUAAACCCCCAACUCUGCCCUGCAAUACCCUGGUGUACUACAAUUUAGGUUCUUUCGGGAUUGUCAUGAAAGACCUUGACUACAAAAUCAUGCAAAAGUGA